UUUUUUUUUAUUUUUAUUCUCUGUCAUUCUCUUUUUAUCUGUGUGUCUUUUUCUUUUUCUUUUUUUUUUACUGACUGGUUAAUUUAUUUUGUGAUUACAUUAAAUAUUGAUAAAAAAAAAGACAAACUAUUAUCAAUAUGAUGCCACAACAAUAUCAACCUAUUAAAUUACCAACUCCAACUGGACAUCAACAGGCAAUAGACCAACAACGGCAACAUAUAUUUAUGCAACAACAACCACAAACAUCGUCUUCUUUACGAUACCAAUCUUCUGCUCCUUCGUAUAUUGGAGUACCGUCGUCUCAAACACAAGGUGUAUAUACAAGCUAUCCAGCAAGACUUUUACAAUCGGAAGAUAAUGCACUAUUACUACCUUCAAGUUAUCUAAGAAGAACAGGUGGUGGGUCUGAUGAUGAAUUUGACGAUAAUGACUCUGAAGUUGGAUCACGGACAACAACGCCUAUUACUUCUAGUACAAGAUCUAGAACAUUGACAACGAAAAUGGAAACAGAGAUUGAUGUUGGUGAUGAUUUUUCUUCGUCUGGAGGACAAAUGAAAGCCAUUCCAGUGGGGGUAGCCAAAGAAUAUAUGAAUUUACCAAAGAAUAUGCGAACAAAAAGUCAAUUAUUACCUAGUCAACAAGAUAUCGAUCGAGCUGCUGCUAUGAAUGAAGUACUGGUACCAAUUCGAUUGGAUAUUGAUGUGGAUGAUGUCAAACUACGAGAUGUCUUUUUAUGGAAUAUGAAUGAACAAUUCCUUACACCUGAAAAGUUUGCCGAAUUACUUUGUCAAGAUAUUAAUUUGGAACCUUAUCGAUAUGUACCAUUGAUUGCAGAAUCUAUUCGAACUCAAGUGAUGGAUUUUGAAGCAAUAUAUGAUAUUGAAUUACCUAUGGAGAAUCAUGUUCGAGUAGUGAUCAAUUUGGAUCUUCAAGUGGGCAAAGUCAAUUUACGUGAUCGAUUUGAAUGGGAUCUCAACAAUACUUCCAAUAACGCACCUGAAGUAUUUAGUCAACAAAUGGCUGCUGAAUUAGGUUUAGGUGGUGAAUAUGUUCCAAUCAUAUCUCAUGCUAUUCGUGAACAAGUUUAUAGACACAAACGACAGAUGGUGGAUGAUUAUGUAACGGAUGGAGGAAUCACUGAACCGCUAUCAUCUGCUUUUAGAAAUGUAGAAAAUGCUGCACAGUGGACACCACAAAUGGAAAUUUUAUCGAAUGAAGAACUUGAAAAGCUUUUAGUUGCUCAGGAACGAAACAUCAGACGACUUCGACGUGAAAAUCGAUUCAAACGGUCUCGAAGGCGUGGAUCAAUACCUAGAACAUCUGGAAGUAAUACUGGUACACCCUCUUAGGAUUGACUAUUAUUAUUAUUAUUUUUCUUCCCUUUCUUUUUUGUGUAUAUAAUUUUAAAUUUGUUAUUUGAAUAAAAGCUCUUUUUUUGUUUC